AUGCAGAUUUUCGUCAAGACCCUCACGGGCAAGACCAUCACUCUUGAGGUGGAGUCCAGCGAUACCAUCGAGAAUGUGAAGUCCAAGAUCCAGGAUAAGGAGGGCAUCCCUCCGGACCAGCAGCGCCUGAUCUUCGCUGGCAAGCAGCUGGAGGACGGCCGCACCCUGGCCGAUUACAACAUCCAGAAGGAGUCCACCCUCCACCUGGUGCUGCGCCUGCGUGGUGGCAUGCAGAUCUUCGUCAAGACCCUCACUGGCAAGACCAUCACCCUGGAGGUGGAGUCCAGUGACACCAUUGAGAAUGUCAAGUCCAAGAUCCAGGACAAGGAGGGCAUCCCUCCGGACCAGCAGCGCCUGAUCUUCGCUGGCAAGCAGCUGGAGGACGGCCGCACCCUGGCCGACUACAACAUCCAGAAGGAGUCCACCCUCCACCUGGUGCUGCGCCUGCGCGGUGGCAUGCAAAUCUUUGUCAAGACCCUCACUGGCAAGACCAUCACCCUGGAGGUGGAGUCCAGUGACACCAUUGAGAAUGUCAAGUCCAAGAUCCAGGACAAGGAGGGCAUCCCCCCGGACCAGCAGCGCCUGAUCUUCGCUGGCAAGCAGCUGGAGGAUGGCCGCACCCUGGCCGACUACAACAUCCAGAAGGAGUCCACGCUCCACCUGGUGCUGCGCCUGCGCGGUGGCAUGCAGAUCUUUGUCAAGACCCUCACUGGCAAGACCAUCACCCUGGAGGUGGAGUCCAGUGACACCAUUGAGAAUGUCAAGUCCAAGAUCCAGGACAAGGAGGGCAUCCCUCCGGACCAGCAGCGCCUGAUCUUCGCUGGCAAGCAGCUGGAGGAUGGCCGCACUCUGGCCGACUACAACAUUCAGAAGGAGUCCACCCUCCACCUGGUGCUGCGCCUGCGCGGUGGCAUGCAGAUCUUUGUCAAGACCCUCACUGGCAAGACCAUCACCCUGGAGGUGGAGUCCAGUGACACCAUUGAGAAUGUCAAGUCCAAGAUCCAGGACAAGGAGGGCAUCCCUCCGGACCAGCAGCGCCUGAUCUUCGCUGGCAAGCAGCUGGAGGACGGCCGCACCCUGGCCGACUACAAUAUCCAGAAGGAGUCCACCCUCCACCUGGUGCUGCGCCUGCGCGGCGGCUGCUAA